CAAUUAUACCGAGAGUCACAUGUCGUCAAAGUUACAAAAGUUGAUGGAUGAUCGUGGAAUCAAUGGGGAGGAAACAAAAAUGGCCGACCGGAACAGAAGCUAUAUACAGAAAAACAAGAUUUUGAUGGAUGGAAAGUUUUGUAAAACGAUUCCUAUCGGUUGAAAUUGAUCACGUGCUGGUUUGAUACAAAAGGAGCCACUGGUUUUUCCAGAUUUAUCGACGAUCGAAUAUCUGAAAAAUAGAAUCCGAGAGUGAAAGUUUCGAUACCAAACUCUUGUCGUUUAGAACACGUCAAGUUAGACACGUUUGAUGGCGAAUACGUGAUCAAAAUGAUAUUGCACAGCUCAUGUUUAAUUGGUAUAAAACAAUGCAGAUGUAGUCGAUUUUGAUUAGUAGCUAAUCAGCAACGCAACCUGGUACAUCUCUGAAAAGGUAACCUCUGUACAAGAGAAAAUGGCAUCAUUUCAUUUAAUUACGUUAAUUGUCGUUGUAAUGGCUUGUUCGUCGUCUGCAUUGAUCGGCACCACGCAAUGUGUUUCGUAUCGUUAUUUGCCCUGUAUCGACGGUAAGAGUCAAGAUCCUACCCUCGUAUCCAAGGAUGAAUCUAUCAUCAAAUACAACGAGUCCACGUGCAUUGUCUACCAAGACGUCCCGUGCCGGGACGGUUUGAAGAGUUUGUCCCUGAUGUACAACAAUGCCAGCAAAGGCGUUGACCAGUCGACCAGCUGCCAAAGCAAAACGGCCCUGGCCACCGCCUUGCUGACCAAAAGUUACUGCGAAUCUAAUUUAACCAGCUGCCUGGGUCAGAAAGAUGACAUCACCAUCGAAUGGAAGAAUAAAGCAAACGAUUGGGAGAUUCGAUACCACAAGUCCGUCAACGAGAAGAAAUUCCUGUCCGAUUACAUGGUGUCCGUUUGGGACACUAGGAUCAUCGAUGAAGAAGCGGAAAAAGCCAAGCCCAUCAAGGAUCGAAUGCGGGACUACAUUCGUUAUUCGGUGGCCCGUUUGGGUCUACGCGAAUUGGUCAACGUGCCACCACUCAAACCAGCUUUCGGCGUCGUUUACAACGACAUUCUAUCGUUCAAGUAUCCCAUCAACGUCCCUGGGUGUAACGGGGCGGCAACGUCCAGUCUGCCCAGUUUAGCGCCCAGUUUGUUUGUGGCCGUCUCGGGAGUGGCAUCAACCGACAUCAACAACCAGAAAAGACGCGACGAAAUUCGAACCCUUUUCAACAAGGAAAUCCCAGACCUAAAUAAACAUCUCUUUAGUUCAAUCAAUUUCGCAUUCUUCCUGGGCCAACCGGUAGAUGUUGGCAACCAAAAUCUCGUCGACCAGGAGAGCGCCAAGAAUAAAGAUGUCGUCCAGAUGGACAUGAUCGACAAUGGCAAGAACGACUCGAUGAAAAUGGCCGCCAUCUUUAAUUGGGUUCGGCAAUACUGCAGCAACGUGGACGUCGUUUUCAAAAUGGACGAGAAUUUCAAAAUCGCAACGUUGAAGAAACUCGGUAAGGCGUUGACGGAAAUGCGUAUUCCCGGCACUUUUGUGUACGGCGUCAAGGGAGACGUUCGCCCACAACGAGAAGUGGGAAAACGGAUGAUUACAAUGGAGGAAUUUCCCUGGAAAGAAUUCCCUUCGUAUUUCAACGGAUUGGCUUAUUUCAUCACCGGCAAUAUGAUCAAACCUUUAAUGGCGGCCUUCCAGACUGUUCCCAUGCUUCCAUUGGAAGACGUUUAUUUGGGCAUUUGCAUCAUCAAAUCCGGCAUGAAGAGAUAUACUUAUUGUGGAAGGGACCUUGACUCCCCUGUAUUACUCCCUUGCGUUAGCACGCAUCAAUGUAUUUCGUAUCGUUAUUUGCCCUGUAUCGACGGUAAGAGUCAAGAUCCUACCCUUAUAUCCAAGGAUGAAACUAUCAUCAAAUACAACGAGUCCACGUGCAUUGUCUACCAAUACGUCCCGUGCCGGGACGGUUUGAAGAGUUUGUCCCUGAUGUACAACAAUGCCAGCAAAGGCGUUGACCAGUCGACAAGCUGCUGCCAGAGAAAAACGGCCCUGGCCACCGCCUUGCUGACCAAAAGUUACUGCGAAUCUAAUUUAACCAGCUGCCUGGGUCAGAAAGAUGACAUCACCAUCGAAUGGAAGAAUAAAGCAAACGAUUGGGAGAUUCGAUACCACAAGUCCGUCAACGAGAAGAAAUUCCUGUCCGAUUACAUGGUGUCCGUUUGGGACACUAGGAUCAUCGAUGAAGAAGCGGAAAAAGCCAAGCCCAUCAAGGAUCGAAUGCGGGACUACAUUCGUUAUUCGGUGGCCCGUUUGGGUCUACGCGAAUUGGUCAACGUGCCACCACUCAAACCAGCUUUCGGCGUCGUUUACAACGACAUUCUAUCGUUCAAGUAUCCCAUCAACGUCCCUGGGUGUAACGGGGCGGCAACGUCCAGUCUGCCCAGUUUAGCGCCCAGUUUGUUUGUGGCCGUCUCGGGAGUGGCAUCAACCGACAUCAACAACCAGAAAAGACGCGACGAAAUUCGAACCCUUUUCAACAAGGAAAUCCCAGACCUAAAUAAACAUCUCUUUAGUUCAAUCAAUUUCGCAUUCUUCCUGGGCCAACCGGUAGAUGUUGGCAACCAACAUCUCGUCGACCAGGAGAGCGCCAAGAAUAAAGAUGUCGUCCAGAUGGACAUGAUCGACAAUGGCAAGAACGACUCGAUGAAAAUGGCCGCCAUCUUUAAUUGGGUUCGGCAAUACUGCAGCAACGUGGACGUCGUUUUCAAGAUGGACGAGAAUUUCAAAAUUGCAACGUUGAAGAAACUCGGUACGGCGUUGACGGAUAAACGUAUUCCCGGCACUUUUGUCUACGGCGUCAAGGGAGACAUUCGCCCACAACGAGAAGAGGGAAAACGGAUGAUUACAAUGGAGGAAUUUCCCUGGACCGAUUUCCCUUCGUAUUUCAACGGAUUGGCUUAUUUCAUCACCGGCAAUAUGAUCGAACCUUUAAUGGCGGCCUUCCAGACUGUUCCCAUGCUUCCAUUGGAAGACGUUUAUUUGGGCAUUUGCAUCAUCAAAUCCGGCAUGAAGAGAUAUACUUAUUGUGGAAGGGACCUUGACUCCAGUUCAUGUUUUUAAAAGUUGCAAAUUUUCGCAAAUUUUUCAUCCUACCCCUGACGACACUGGCAUUUCUAAUGGAUUGUGAUUGAUUAUUUUAAAAGCUAAAAAAUGUUGUAAAAUAAUUAAAAUUCAUUGGAAAUGCCAGUUUCGCUCAGGUUGGAUAAUGUUGGAUAUCAUAUAUUUCUUAAUCUACUGAUGGACUAAAACUACAUGUAGUUUUAAACUAAAAUUUGAUGUAACUAAAAUUUAACUAAAACUACAUGUAGUUUAGUCCAUCAGUAGAUUUAUAAAAUAUGAUAUAUCCGACAUUACUUUCUUUUUCUAUUCGCUUUUAUUUCUUAUUACAUUCCUUUUUAUUGUAGUCUAUUAGUAGAUUUAGAAAUACAUUUAGAUUUAGUGCAUGCAUACCAA